CAGCGGAGACGGAGCGGCACGCCGCGCUGGAGCACCGCGCGCACACACACACACACACGCACGCAGUCGUACACACAACAGACCGUGUUUUUUACUGAAGCUACACAUACGCGAGGUGCUGCAUCGGGACAAGAAGUGACCUCUCUGAGGAAAGGAGUCAUCAUGUGAGAGAACUUAUGAGGGAGACGGACAAAAGGGCUGAAUAGAAACGCGCGGAAUAGAAAGUAAAAGAACAUUCCUGAACCAAGUAAACUGAAAGCAAAAGUAUUCCCAUUGAUGUUCAGUUAUCACGGAACGCCCCCUCCCCCUGACAACGCCAACCUGCCAAUCAUGCACCUGACCAUGUGUUUGUGACUGAUGGUGAUGUAGAUGAGUCAGUGUGACGGUGCGCUGCUCGUGGAUCAAUGAUCACUAAUCACCAUCAGAAGAUGAAGGACAAGUCUGGCGUGAGCGGAAUGUCCGUGGAUGAGAAGCCUGAAGCCCCCAUGUAUGUGUAUGAGUCGACAGUUCAUUGUACCAAUAUCCUACUCUGCCUCAACGACCAGCGGAAGCAGGAUAUCCUGUGCGAUGUGACUGUCCUGGUGGAGGGCAAGCAGUUCCGUGGGCACCGGUCCGUGCUAGCCGCCUGCAGCGAGUACUUCCUGCAGGCGCUGGUGGGCCAGGCCGAGAAUGGCUUGGUGGUUAGCCUUCCGGAAGAGGUCACUGCCAGGGGAUUCGCUCCAUUGUUGCAGUUUGCCUACACUGCUAAGCUGUUACUCAGCAGAGAAAACAUCCAGGAGGUCAUCCGCUGUGCCGAAUUCCUGCGCAUGCACAACCUGGAGGACUCGUGCUUUCGCUUCCUGGAAGCACAGCUGCGCAGCGAGGAGGACGGCUUGCUGCUCUGCCACAAGGUGGCGGCGGCAGAAGUGAACAACUCAGAGGAUGAGAGCAUGCAGUCUGAGGUGGAGAAACCCACCUCUCCAAAGGCUCGACGACGUGCCGAAGCCCUCACUUCCUUUGAACGCCCUGACGAGGAUCGGCUAGCGAUGGCUAUUCCCAGCAACUUCUCCGAUGGCCGGCUGGACUUUGACAGGCACGGAGCAUCAGACCUGCCGCGAUGCCCAAAGUACAGGAAAUACCAGUGGGCUUGCAUCAAGCACAACAAUGACACAUCCUCACACACCAGUACCUCAGGUUUUCCAAGCACAUUAAAAGAGAGCAGCGUCAGCGGGGCACUGCCGGGUCAGGACGGGCUGCCUUUGGCACAGAUCAAAGUUGAACCACAGGUAGAGGAAGAGGCCAUCUCAUUGUGCCUGUCAGGGGAUGAGCAGGGGGUCAGGGAUAAGGACAGUGUGACAGCCAUGGAGAUGGAUAACCCCAUAUCUGAGGAGAGAACCAAGAGAACCAAGUCCCCUUCCUGCCUCCGAGCCUUCUUCAAGAAAGGGAUGGACCUGCCCAACACUUCACAGCAGCUAUUCGCCAACAGACUUGUCUGCCCCCAGGACAAAGGAAACUCUCAGGGAGAUCAUAAAAAAGACUUCAGGCCUUUCACUGGGGAGUUGGGUCUGCCUGUUACAUCCCCAAACCACGUUGACGGUUUCCCUGCAGGGUUGUCCCUCAAGUCUGCUUCCUGUGAUGGGGUCUGCAAACAGGAAGUCGAGCUUGAUCGCCGUAGUGUCAUAUUUUCCUCAGGGGCAUGCAAACGUCUGGGAACCCCAGCACAUUCCUACCCUGGUGGAAACUCUUUGGAGAUGGAGCUCUCUGAGCACAUGCCAAAGGGCCUGUGGGCUGGAGCCAGCCAGUCCCUCCCCACGUCGCAGACAUAUUCUCCCAGCACCACCUCCAGCGAUCCCCCACUCUUGUGCCGCCCAAGACCCAACACCAGCUGCCCAGUGCCAAUCAAAGUGUGCCCGCGCUCACCGCCAUGUGAAACACGCACCAGGACUUCCAGCUCCUGCUCUUCGUACUCCUAUGCGGAGGACGGCAGCGGAGGCUCUCCCUGCAGCCUGCCCCAGUUUGAGUUCUCCUCCUCUCCCUGCUCCAACGUGGCGCGAUGCCUCAAUGUGGACCAGCAGGAGCAGAGUGUGGGCGGGGAGGCGCUUUUUAACCAGGUGCGGCCUAAGAUCAAAUGCGAGCAGUCCUACGGCACCAACUCCAGCGACGAGUCGGGCUCCUUCUCAGAGGGAGACAGCGAGUCCUGCCAUGUGCAGGAGCAAGGGCCAGAGGUGAAGCUGCCUUUCCCUGUAGAUCAAAUCACAAAUCUUCCACGGAACGACUUCCAAAUGUUGGUGAAAAUGCACAAACUGACCUCGGAGCAGCUGGAGUUUAUACAUGACGUGAGGCGGCGGAGUAAGAACCGCAUCGCGGCUCAGCGCUGCCGUAAGAGGAAGCUCGACUGCAUCAUGAACCUCGAGUGUGAGAUCAGAAAACUGGUGAAUGAGAAGGAGAAGCUGCUGACGGAGAGGAACCAGCUGAAGGCGUGUAUGGGGGAGCUAUGGGAGAACUUCUCCUGCCUUUCCCAGGAGGUGUGCCGGGACGUGCAGCUGAGCCCCGAGCAGGUCCAGUCUCUCCACCACUACUGCCCCGUGCUGCGGCCCACAAACUCCACUGACACCAUCCCCAACACCACCACCAGCAUCGACCUCACCACCCACUCUGGCUCGGCCACGCCAGAGCCCAGCUUCCACGGAUCACCCGGGCCAGCAGAUAGUGAUCCCGACUCUGCAGUCAGAAACAGUCCGGACAGAGAAACGGACGACCAGGACGCCGGCCUGUAUGACAAGUCAGGGAUGGUCAAAUCCAACCAGGCGGUAACGGUGGAUUUCUGCCAGGAAAUGACUGACAAAUGUACAACUGACGAGCAGCCGAGGAAGGACUGCGCUUAGUAGUGGUGGUUCUCUGUGUUGUUGUUUUUGAUGUUUUUUUUAUUAUUUAAUUUUACUCUUCUGACAAACCCUCUCUCAGGGUUGCUGAGACAGUCAGCCUCUGCCAGUGUUCACUGAAAAACAAGCUUUGUUUUAUUUAUGUCUUUUUGUGCUGUUUAUUUUUUUGGGUUUUUUUUUUGAACGGUUGACACUAAAGUUGUCUUAACAGCAGCAAUACUGUUCUCCAGGUAUUCUCCUCUUACCAUGACAGAGUGGGAACUUCUCACCAAACAUUACAAUGGUGCUAUCCUCGCCCAACAGCAACCUCUACAGUGGGGACUCGCCCCCCCAUGUGUCACUUCACAAGUCAAAGUGGAACCUCAUCGGACCUAAACAGCAGCUCUCUGUGUCUCUCUGUUCCUGCCUUCCUCUUUUUCUGUCCCCCACUCUGUCUCUAUCAAUCUUCUCUACCUCUUUCUGUCUCACUUUUCUUUCUCUCUGUCUGUCUUUGGUUCGUCUCUCACUAUAUCUCAGUGGCCCUUUUCGUCACAGCAAUUCAAACUCAGGAAAAAAAGAAUCCUCUGAAUGUUCAACCUAAUUCAUGAAAAAUGAGAAUGCAGCUUCUGUACACGGGAGAGUUAAGAUGCUGUUGACUUUUUAAAAUGUUCAUAUGCAAAAAUGUCUUCGAGCGUCUGGCAUUUGUAAUUCUGUGCAGGAGAACUGUGUGCAGGCUGUAACCGAAAACAUUCCUCCUUUGCCUUCCUCAGCACUGAAUUUAAAGGAAAACGUUUUUUGCAGAUGGUUAGAUGGCUAUUUUUAUUUCCCACUCAUCAGCAAUACCAUUGUAUUUGGAUGUUGUAACGGUGACUUUCAAGUGCUUGUUUGGCAGAAAUGUACAUAGUAUGGAGCAUGAUGACUGUAACAGUGAUUUUGUACUGGUAGAGGCUUAGACGUUUCUUUUUCACGGGGUUAUAUCAAGCACCUUUUGCUAAGGGAAAAUCUUUGCUUUGCUGUUUCCUGUCCUGCCUAACGAAUGCUCCCUAUCACGGUGAGCGUUCCUAUACUCAGGAAAUCAGCUCCACACAUGAAGACACACACAUGCAGUACAUACAGACACAUGCGUCAACACAGAUGUACAAUUUUGAGCCCCGUGCAUGUAUACAAAUUAGACCUUCAAGUUGUGUUUAACACAAGGCCCCUCCCCCUUUGCCUCUUUAAAUGUGAAAAAAGAGUUCUGCAUUGUGCUGUUUGGAGGAUAUUUUAUUUCUUAUCAGUAUUUUAAGAUGCUCUUUAUGUACACUCUCGCAGACGUGUUUUGGGUUUAUUCAGUGUUGCAGUUAGAUGUUAGGAGACAGCAAAAAGUGCAGUCAACAAAAAAGUGACAAAUACUUUCAUUUCUUUUCAAAUUGAUCCUGAGAAAGAGAAAAAUAUUGACUUCAAUCAGGCACUUUUUUUAGACCCCAAGCGCUCAAAGCCAUUUAGCACUUCAUAAGGUCUUUGUUUUUGUUUCAGACUUCCUCAAAGUCUCAGACUGGAGCAUUUAAACUUCAAGAGGAAACAUCUUGUGGAUAUAAAUAUACAAUAAAAUAUCUUUAUGAAGAAAAUGUAUCUCAAAGCUAAAAAGAAGCUAAUGUUUUAGAACUUAUAUUUGUAUUUCUUUAGGAAUUGAAUAAGCUAAUUUAAAUUUUAUUCGACGUGAAAGCAGUGUAUAUGUUGGUUGAGUAACAAUCAUAUAAGAUAGUAACACGUUUGCCCUAACGUUUGUUUGAACAUCCUCCUUUGUGAUGUGCUUGCAUGCUGCCUAGCUUUAGGCCUAGUUAGCUUGUCUUCUUCUGUUUACCUUGUGAGUUGUCUCUGAAGCAGUCUGCUUUUAAACUGAUAUAUUUUGGAAAUGUAUAAACAGACAGAAAGAGCUGAUAUCAACCUAACUAAAGGAGGCUUUCAUGGCCGUACUCUAGCAGAAGGUUCAAUUCAAAUGGAUUUGAAACUUUAUAUAUUGCUCUUUAAAGCCCCAAUCCAAAGAGACGAUCCCUGAGCUAGCUUGAGCUAAUAUUGCUAGUAGACUAGCUGAUGUUCCAAUAGUUUCAUCACAUCAAUGUAAUCUUUCAUUGAGUAAUUCAGAGAUAUAUGAUCUGCAAGUGUACUAUCCUUACUUUAAAGAACAUUUCUAUACUUAAAUUGACUUUAUAGUAGGUAUUAGAUUGUAAUCUCAUAGAUGUAUGGCAGGUCAAACUAAGAUGCUAGGUACUGCUACCAAGAUAGCCUGUGGCAGCUAGCUCUUACUUGAGACACUGUUUUUAUAAUAAUCCCUGCAAAAUAUAUUUUUUUUUAGGUUAAACAAGUCUGGGAUCGGGGCUUUAAAGUGUAAAUGAAAUGUUUCAAAGUUCUUCCUCCAGAUUUUAAAUAAUUAAAGAUGUAGUAUAAAACAUAAUGUCUCAUGUGAGACUGUUUCUGUUAUACAGCCAAACAAUUAAGUGUAUAUUAUAAAAUUGUCUUUAAAUUCUUAAAAGGCAGACACAAAGACUCAAAUACACACACACACACACACACACACACACACACACACACACACACACACACACACACACACACACACACACACACACACGCUCAUAUACACAGCAGUAGAGGACCUUCAUCCGCUGGUGGGUUUUUUUUGUGUUUGUUCAGCCCUUUAUCAAAUUUGUACUCUUCUUCAUUCUUUUAUGAAUAUUUACUGCAGCAAAACAGUAUUUACCCACAUAGAUAUUGUACGUUGUUCUAGGCAGAAAGCUAAACAUUAGAGACAUUUCUUUUCACCUUUUUUCAUGUUCUUUUUCAUUGGCUUAAUUUUAAAUUGAGGAAGCCCGAUGUUGCAUUGGAGAGCACCGACUCUGACUUUCUGUCUCUGUGUGGAGAGAAUGAAUUUGUGAAGUUUGUGUUGUAGCAAAACUAUUGUAACAAAGGCCCCUGAGUAUCUCCUCACACAUUAAUAAUACUUUUUUUUUGUAUAGCAGAACUUCUACCCAUUGAAUGUUGAUAAUUCAACUUAACAAACCUUAGAAUCCUGUAGAGCUCGGGUGAAGAGGUGAUUCACUGCUCAGUCAAAGUGUAGUAAUAGGCAUCCUCUGCAACAUUUCCACUCUUGUUUAAAGGGUCCAUUGAAGUUACAAAAACAAAUUGUUACUUAUUGUAUUUCUUGUGGACACUGGUCAUGCAGAUAGUUGUGGUUUCAUUGGUUCACGUUUUGGGAUAUCUGUCUCUUUACAGUCUGCCUUUGUGGUUCUCACACAACUGAAGAAAGUACUCUCCUGUUACUCUGAAUUAGCACAUUGUUGUGAACAGUAUUUUUUCAGACAAUGUCAAAACUUUGGUGAAUAAAACCACAACUAUAGGCCUUGCUAGUUACAGAUAGAUGUGACAAAAGGUUUUUGGUCCUUUGGGUGAACCAACCCUUUACUGUCUCAGGUGCCAAGCAUUUAACCUGCUCUCUAUGUACAUCCCUCUGAAGCAGGUUUUUUUUUUUUACUUUAGUGCUUACUUUUUCAAUUCAAAUUAAUGCCCCUUUUAAAUUGUUUGUUAGAAAUACUUAAAGCUGCAUCAAUUAACUUUUCACCUUUACAACAAGCAAAGAAAGCAACAUUAUGAUUCAUUUGGAGUUGUGUGCGUGUCAUCAUAUAAAUGGGUUUAAAUAUUCCCCUUUCUUUUUAGCUCAUUGUUCCUGAUCUCCACCAAUUCACAAGAACUAUAACUGGCUCCACUUUGAUCACCAGCUAACUUACUAUGUAUCCGAGCACAAAAAUCUCAUUUUAAAGCUUUCCUUUUUUUUGUUUAAAACAUCUGCCUGCUGCUGGAAACAAGAUUAAGUGAGAGCAGAACUGGCUUCUUGGAAAUAAAAAAGCAAUGAGUUAAAAGAGGUUAAAAUGUUCAGUGGUGAUGAAGGAGAAGUGUUGGUUAUAUUUCUUUGCUUAAUGUUUAGCAACCUCAUUCACAAUGUUCACUUGUUCUUUUGAUUUAAAAACUAUUGGUGCAGCUUUAAAACUAUGUAAUAUUUAGCAUAAAAUAACUCUCAGUUGACUCUUGAUACUUGUUGGUUAUGGCCGUUACAGCAGACUGGCUCUAACUCAAUGCUCCUAUCUUUUGCUGUGUAGUUGUCUUGUUUAAUUGAACUUUUGUGUUGCUGCUUCUCUGAAACAAACACUGGCUUUUCAACUCCAAAGGUUGUUCUAUAAAAUAAUAUGAACAAAAACAUGCCUUUCUCCCAUAUUGCUCAACUGUUCUUGAAGAACAACAAAACAAUUCUGGUAUCCUGGUUGAAUGCGCAGGCUGAGAUCAUUGAGUAAAAUAUAAAAAUGGAAAAUGUUUACAAAUAGGUGUCAUGUCAUGUUUGAUCAACUAUUGCCAUGCAAAAAUCGCUCGGUUUAAUUGGACUGGUUGUUGGUGUCGUGGAAAGAGACAAAGUUACCUCACCUUGUCUUUAUUCCACCUUUUGGGAUGGCUCAGCAUUACAUGGAUUCAAGUGCACCUCCGAUAUUUGCCUUAGAACUUGCAGAGGCCAUAGUUCACAUUCAAGUGAAGUGAGUGUAUGCAGGGGCCCGGCCCCCAUCCCUGAGUCACCAGUGCGGACUUUCUCACACUUAUCUACCUGUGAAAUCCUUCAUACCUCUCAUAACUGGUCAAUGACUGUAUCAGCAAACCGCAUCAGGUGUUUUUCUACAUGCUUUUUACACAGAUUAUAUGGAUUAUUGUAUUAGUAGAUUUUGGUGCAUCAUUUUUAAUGUAAUAGCUCUUAAGCUUGUAGUUAAAGUUGUUGUUUUUUUUGUUUUCAUUUUUCUAGAUGACUGUUUUGUGUUAAUAUUGUCAAUUUGAAAUAGCUGUUAUUUCUCACUCUACUAAGAGUUCUUACCUUUAUCAUUUUUAAAUGCUACAUGACCCUAAUUAAUUAAAAUGACUUAAUAACCAUUGUAAAUAUGGUAUAGUGCAAACCCCAUUUUCAUUCAUUUCAAUUGCUAGUGUUAUAUAAAUGACUCUUUUGUCUAGACACCAUUUCUCUUUAUGAAAUAAAGAAACAUGCAUAUCAUA